ACUUGUUUUUUCGAAAUGAUUUUCAUACUCAAGUACUCCGUUUUUAUUAUUUACGGAAUUUUGAUAUUUUUUUUUGUAAAUUUUCUCAAAUUUGCACAUAUUUAUGAUAAAUACUUCAACUGGUCCUACAAUGAUAUGGAGAAUUCAAAACUCUAUGAUUAUGUUAUCGUCGGUGCUGGCAGUGCUGGGUCUGUAAUAGCUGCCAGAUUGUCCAAAGCUGGGGAGAAAACUUUGCUAUUGGAAGCAGGUGGUGCAGUUCCUCCAUUCUUGAAUAUCCCUGUACUAACUCCGUUAUUGCAACAGUCUGUCUUUGACUGGCAGCAUGUGACCGUUCCACAAAAACAUGCUUGCAAAGGACUAAUCAAUAAUCAAAGCAAGUGGCCGAUGGGAAAAAUCUUAGGAGGAUCGGGUAGACUAAAUUAUAUGGCUUACGUUCGUGGUCACAUCGCUGAUUACACUAAUUGGUUCCCCGAUCUUGAGGAGUCCGUAGACAAAGAAACCAGUUCUUUGAAUGUACAUUGUGAUAAUUGGUAUACUGAUUUGUCGGACGCUAUAUUGAACGGAGCUGCAGAACUGGGACAAAACGUUGGAAAUAUAAACAGAGAUCUAAACAUUGGAUUCAUGAAAGUGGAAUUGACCUCAAAGGAUGGAGAGAGAUGGAGUACCGACAGAUUGUUACACAGGGAUAUUGAAAAAUUAACUGUUAUCGCUAAUGCUCAUGUUAAUAAGGUUUUAUUGAAAGAAAAGAAAGCCGUUGGAGUUGAAUUUGAGAAACUGGGUACUCAGCUAAAGGCCUUCGCCACAAAGGGGGUCAUACUCUGCGCAGGAGCAGUUGGCACUCCAAAGCUAUUGAUGCUGUCUGGAAUAGGUCCGAGAGACCAUCUUAAAGGUCUAAAGAUCAAGGUAGUGCAAAAUUUACCCGUGGGUCAGAAUUUGGUGGAUCAUAUUCUUACUGGUCUCGAUUUGGUCGUGCUCAAUACAACCUUACCACUGAACAUAUUGAAUGUUCUAAAUCCUCUGUCAGCAUUCAACUACUUCUUUCACGGCAAAGGGCCGUGGACAUCAGCGGGUAUCGAAGUUGUCGGUACAUUGCACAGCACUAAAUCAAAUCGAAAACUAGAUCCUCCAGAUAUACAAUUGAUGGUAAUGCCAGUUGGAAUAUCUCAAGACGGUGGUAUAGCAUUGAGAAAAAUCAUGGGCAUAUCAGACGAGGUAUUUCGUGAUUAUUUUUCUCCACUGACUCACGAAACAGCUGUCAGCAUAUUACCGGUUUUAUUACAUCCAAAAAGUUCCGGGGAGAUCAGAUUACAAAGUUCUGAUCCAGCUGCUCCCCCCAUUAUCGAUCCAAAGUAUCUUUCCGUUCAGGAAGACGUGGAAGUUCUAAUAGACGGUAUACAAUUCGUGAAAAAAUUGAUCAGAACAAGAGCGAUGCAGAAACUGGGCGCGACUCUUUACACAAAACAUUACCCAAGCUGCAAGGAAUUUUCAUUUGACACUUCAGAAUAUUGGGAAUGUUACGUUAGACAUGUCACUUUGACAUCUUAUCAUCCUGCAGGAACCUGUCGUAUUGGUAGCGUUGUAGAUGAAUUUUUCAGGGUCUAUAGUACUGAAAAUCUCUACGUAGUUGAUGCGUCGGUACUUCCAGUAUUACCAAGUGGCAAUAUCAAUGCCGUAGUUGUAAUGUGCGCCGAAAAAGCAGCUCGAUUAUUGAUUAACAAAAAGUUUCUGAAGCAGAGAUCGCAGUGUCAUAUGACAGAUUUUAUCCAAUACUUAUUCUAUGCGUCUCAGGUCAAGAACUGAGUCUUAGAUAGUUUUAUUAAUUUUUAGGAAUCAACAUGCAACUGUAAAUAUUAUAAUAAUGACAGCUGUAAUCAAUUCACUUCUACAUUUUGUAUAUUAUAUUCUCAUCAGAUACAUGGUGGAAAUUGUUAACAUACCGCAUUGAGCACUUUUACAAUAAUAAUAAUAAUAAUAAUAAUAUUAAUAAUAUUAAUAAUAAUUCAUUAUCGUAAAAUUACAACGUAAAUUUUACAACCUUCACCUUUAGUGGUGAUUUCGUUAUUUUUCUUCAACACACCUACACCCAUAGUAUGUCUAUUGUAUUACGGAGACAAAUGAUUCGAUUUAUCGUGUUGCCAAACAUCGAACUUGUCAAAGAUUGAAACACGUUUGUGUCAUUACGAUAAUACAAUGCUUGCAGCAUAAUGACUUUUUUUUUGAGCGAAAUAUUUUCACUAGAUUCCAAGACGGAUUGCAUAUAUAAUAGUUAUUUUUGAUAAACAUAGUAAAAAUUCUUAUCCGAAUCUCUUCAUUAGUAUUGCUUUUUCAAGUGGGUUUAAUACAAUGAUAUUGAAUAUACAGUAUUGCCUUGUUAAGAAUUGAAUAAAAUUAUCGUACGUGAUAAUGGAGACUCAAGGAACGAGAGACAAAUAAAUUCCUCAAAAAUAUAAAUCAUGCAGGUGUUGAAUACCCAAGGGUCGAUAAUCCACAUACUAUAAUAUAUAUAUAUAUUAAAAAUGUUUAGUAUAUUAAAAAGAAAAUUCAGUUGACCAGAAAUUAAUUCUAAAAUAUUAUACUACGCAAUAAUUAUUAUUACAUUGUCAAAUUGCUAUAUAGAUUAUAAGGCCACUAAGUAAUUAUUAAAUGAUUUCUUUCUAUUCUUUUUCUUUUAUUUUCUUUUUCUUUUUUCCUUCAUUUGGUUCACAUUAUUUUCAAGGCAUAAAAUGGCACACGUUACAUUGUAGGGAUAUACGUAUAAUAUAGUAUAAUAGUAAAAUGUACGUUAAUUUAUCCUGUUUGUUAAUUAAGUACAAUCUUUGAUCUCAAAUGACUGCAAUAUUAUUCUUAAAUAUUAAUUUAUAAAUAUUUUUAUCGCUGGACGGAUUCUUAAAGGCGUGAA